AUAAUAGCAUGUCAUGCUAAUAUUGUAUAUUUCAUAUUUGUAUUCUAUGAAGGAGAGUUAAAAGAUAAGGCGCAAAACCAAUAAAAAUGGCUUGGAGCCUUGCUCCUACUCUUUCAACAUUUGCAAUAGAAAAUUCCUCAUUCUUCAUUACUUCUUCUACUUUUAAUCCUUCAAACUUACCCAAAACUCUUAAUUUCUCUAAAAAUUGUACACCCAAUUUAAAGCAACAAUGGAAUUUUCCCAUACACAAACAACUUUAUUCCUCUACACAACUAAUUUGCAAGGCAGCUGAGUACAAAUUCCCAGACCCAAUUCCUGAAUUUGCUGAAUCUGUAAAUAUUUGUGAGAUAGAGAAAUUCAAGACCCAUUUACAGAGGAAGUUGUCAAACAAAGAUAUUUUUGGAGAUAAAGUGGAUGAAGUUGUAGAAAUCUGCACUGAGAUCUUGGAUAACUUCUUGCACUCAGAAUAUGGGGGACCGGGCACUUUGCUAGUGAUUCCUUUCAUUGAUAUGGCUGAUACUCUGAAUGAACGCGGACUGCCUGGAGGACCUCAAGCUGCACGGAUAGCUGUUAAGUGGGCUCAAAAAAAUAUAGACAAAGACUGGGAGGAAUGGACAAGCGGGAAUAGCAAGUAAUGCGAGUAGUGACUAAAGUGACCUCUGGGACCUGAGUAAAAGUAAUUUGAGAUAGUUAUAGGCAGGAAAUUUUGAUAUAGCUUUGCUAUCAGAAUAUUUGAAAUAUGAUACUGUUCUUAGGAAUGUAGAGCUAGCAAAUGUAGCUUCUGUUGCUGUUAAGUACUUCAUAAUUACAUUUAAUGACGUUUAGCAAUAGCUAGAAUCAUUAGCUGA